UGGCUCACAGCUUAGCUGGCACUUCUCCAUUACAUUGAUUUGACCCAAUUGCCAGUGUGUGCGGGAGAGUGAGAGUGACUACAACCCUAUGUGUCUGGAGAGUGCUGGUUAAGUGGUUUUGAUCUUCCAAGACACCUUUCGUCAAAUGCCAAGGCUCUAAGCGGAGGAGAUGAUAAAUUUCAUUAUUUAUUUUUGCCUUCAAGGAGUUUUGGCUCUUGAGAAAUGGAAAAUGACUGCUUCAGUUCCUGUGCUUCUCUUUGCAUUUCUCCCAUUUACGUUGGCUUUCCCUCUACAAUUCAAUUCAACUCUAGAAUCAUGCCAAGACGAAGGGAUUGAUUUCCACCGCCACUAUGUUCUGGAAAGGGAAGCACUAACUUUGAAAUGCCCUCUUUUGGAAUACUUAAGUCCUGAAAGUUUCCAGAUUGCAGCUAAGAAUUUCAGUGUUAUGUGGUACCGCAACAGAACAUCAGAAGUAAUAACAACAAACAAGACACAGAGGAUACAUGCAGAAGAUGAUUCCCUUUGGCUUCUUCCUGUAUUAAGUGGAGAUACUGAUCUCUAUAUUUGCGUUUUGUGGUAUCCUACAUUUUGUGUCAAAAAGGCAAUUUCAGUUCAAGUUAACAAGCCUGUCAGUGCAUCAUGCCCACAGAACAGUAAUUUCUAUGGGUCGUCGUCUCAUUCGGGAACAGCUAAAACAAUUUUUUGCCCUGAUGUCAGCGAGUAUGCAGGUUCAAAUGAAGAUUUUGCACUACAGUGGUACAAGGGCUGCAAGCCUAUUUCAUAUGAUGCAGUAAAGUACCACUAUCACAAGGGAGAUUGGCACUUGAUUAUAGAAGAUGUGGAUAAAUCCGAUGAAGGAAUCUAUGUUUGUGAGCUAAAAUUUAUGCAUAAUGGUUUACAAUAUGUAAUAUCGAAAACCAUUGACUUGUAUAUUAAAGUCUGUAAAAAGAGUGUAGUUCCACAAAUCACGUAUCCUAAAAAUGGUACAAUUGAAAUUCCGGCUGGUUCAAAUUUGAAUUUAUCAUGUGUAGCAUACACUGGAUACUGUGAUCCUGCCGUAUCACUUGUAUAUUGGAUAAUAGAUAACAUAUUUAUUGAAGACUAUUUCAACAACUCAUUCCACUAUGAAGAACGUGAGUGGGUGAGUGAAGACAAAGGCAACUAUCAUCAAGUUAAUAUAAUUUUAAACAAUUUUAAAGAAGAGUAUUAUGACAAGGUAUUUAAAUGUGUUGCGAGAAAUGGAUUGGGAAAUCAAAUUGCAACUAUUAAGUUUAGAAAAACAGCUGCAGAUUUUACAAGGGAGAUAGUAGCAACGUUUGGUGUGUUUGCCUGUGUCUUACUCAUCUGCAUUUGCACUUACAAGAGUUUUAAGAUUGAUAUUAUCCUGUGCUUUCGUGAUAAUUUUGCUGUAGGUGGUGCUCAAAAUGAUGGUAAGAGAUAUGAUGCUUACAUCAUUUAUCCACAAAGUAAUUCAUCAUGCAGUCCUGAUAUACUUCUCUUUGUUAUGAAUAUAUUGCCAAGAGUUUUGGAAUUGCAGUGUGGGUACAGGUUGUUUAUACCCGGAAGAGAUGAUCUUCCUGGAGAAGCAUUCGCUGAGCAAAUAAAAAGUAAUAUCAAAGAAAGCAGAAGACUGAUUAUUUUGAUGGCAAAAUCUUCUGAUAAACCACUGUUUGAACAGCAAGUUGGAUUGCAUGAUGCAUUGCUGUAUGAUCAAAUGAAAGUUAUUCUGAUUGAGUUGGAUUAUCAUGAGGAUUAUAGUGACUUUUCUGAAUCAAUGAGACAUAUUAUACAAAAGAAAGGAACCAUUAAGUGGAAAAGCAAUAAGUGGACAACAAAUUCUUCUUCAAACACAAAAUUUUGGAAACAAGUAAGGUAUAAUAUGCCAGCAAGACCUUCCUGGUCCAGGAAAAAUAUAGAACACAAUAAAAGUGUGCCAAAUGUACACCAAUCUAUGUUGUUGUAAAGAUAAGUAAGGUGACUACUGUAGAGACUUGUGUAAACUGCAGAAAAAUGUAAUACUGAAUAGUAGGGACUUGUCUUCCAAGACUUUUCCUUAACGAACUGUAUGGUUGGUUGAAUUCCAAUUUGCGACACAUGAGCCGCAUGGAAAUUCAAAUCCUUUAAUUUUUUUUUUCAAAAUGUUUUCUCUGUGGUGUAGUAGUAUUUUGAAAGAUAAUAGAUAUUUUUUAUUUUAAAACUGCAUGAAAUCUAUUUCAUAUUGAAAUUAACGUAGUCUCCACAAAUUAUACACAAAUAUAUUGUCUGUGUAAUUUUCUCUAAAGGUGAAUAAAGAUUCAUAAAAGCGGAUAUGUACUCAUGGAUGGGCCUUUAAGUAAACAUCAAAUCCAUUUUGUUGGGAGUUUCCUUCUGUUUUAUAGGAGAAUAUGUUACAGAAUUUUGUGUAUUUAGUAUCUUACGCAAAUCUUAAAAAGCACCUAGUGGAAUUACUAAAAGUUCAUAAUGCAAGACAACAGCACAUGGCUCAUUUAUAUGAAAUAAAAUGGUGUAUCAUUAGAUUUGGCUGCACAUUUCGUUGUUCUUUAUUAUCAGUAUGCUGUAAACUAAAUGAUAGAUUAAAAUAUUGGAAGUUUUAAACACAAAAAAAUGCAUCAUAAAAGUGUCAAAGAUAAAUAAGAGUCAACCAACUUGCUUGGUGAUGAGAUGAGUUGGGUUGAAUGGACUACACCUCUGCACUUCGAUACUUUCAGGCUUGUUGCAUUAGCAUGCAGAAGUGAGUUGAGUGCUUCUAUGCAUUCUUUUUGAUCUAUACUCUCUGGAAAGCUGCUAGAAAUUUGGCCAACAACCACAACCACUAAAUUACAGAUUCCUUUGCUGCAUUCCCUAGCAUCUGUGCCCUGAAAUAACCUAUGAAGUAUUAUUGUCUCCUCCAUAUGAUUUGCUCAUCCCAAUGGGAGUGGUGCGGUGUCUAAGAAGUUCCUCAUUUUUGGUUCAGUGUAUCUAUAACAGUUGGUAUACCCUGUGAAAUGAAGCUUACUUGCUACUCUUGAGCUGGAUACUUAGAUUGGAUUGGAUUGUGGUCUAGGCAUGAGUUUUGACUUUAUACAAUAUGUAGUUUUACAACCUGUUUCUUAAUUGGCUCAGUUGCUCUUUUGCCUGUAGCUGAUCCAGCAUAUGAGAAAUACAUGAUAUGGGAAUUAAAAAAGAACAAUAACUAUUGGGAAUCCCCACCCUCACAACCUUUCAAAUCCAGAAUUUGAAUCCAGUGGAGACUGUUGGCACACUAAGAAAUGGGCAAUAUUUUACCAUCAGAUUCUUUCUUCAGCUAGGUAACAGCUGACAAGGCAGUGCAGUUUUUCAGUUCAUGGGCUGUAAUUGUUUUCUUCUCUCCCAAAGUUGCUGUUUAAUAAAUGUUAGUCAUCACCAACAUAGUACAACAGAUGAAACAAGUGUAUUUUCCACUUUCAAGUAAGGAGGUCACUAUUGUUUAAAGGCAGUCAGAU